AUUUAAAUAUCUGUCACCAAGAUGGCAAAGGGACGAAAGAAUCGCAUUGCUAAGCGCUCUGAAGCGCAACCGUUUCCAGCCUUUCGGGCGUCGACGGCAAUUACCAAUCCACAUCGCACAGGAGUGAAGGGCAAAAAAGAAGGUCAAUAUCGUGACAAAACGACCAUUAAACGUCUGAAUAUGUACCGUGAAAAGCCUAAUCUGGAAAAAAUGCGAGUACAGGCUACUGAACCGGCACGUAUAUGCCCUGAUAGACGCUGGUUUGGUAAUACUCGAGUUCUCACGCAGGAGCAAAUGAAAAAUAUACGUAAUGAGCUGGAAGAGGCAAAGUCCAAUCCACGAACGCACAUAUUGAAACGUAGCAAACUACCGAUAUCGCUAUUAAAAAAUUCAGACAUCAAGGACGAUAACAGCAAAAUCUUAUCGAUAGAGCCCUAUGAACAUACGUUUGGUGCUAAGUCUGUGCGCAAACGCCCAAAGCUUAUGGCAUCCACAGUUGAGGAAUUGGCUGAAAGGGCUUCUACCAUCAGUUAUGAUGCCUCUAAAGAUACUUACCUACAACGUGACGUACCUGCAGACUGCUCUGAGGAAGCUUCUCACUUUAUAUUUAAGAAGGGUACUUCUAAGCGCAUUUGGGGCGAACUGUACAAGGUGAUUGACUGCUCAGAUGUAAUUGUCCAAGUGGUUGACGCUCGCAAUCCAAUGGGAACCAGAUGCCACCGCCUAGAAACCUAUAUCCGGGAAAACAAACAGAGCAAAGUACUGAUUAUACUGCUCAAUAAAUGUGACUUGGUGCCAACUUGGGUUACGGCUGCCUGGAUUAAGCACUUAAAUCGCACUAUACCUACUGUAGCUUUCCAUGCCUCAGUUACUAAACCAUUCGGGAAAAACACCCUAAUGCAGCUUCUGAAGCAAUACUCACAAUUGAUGAAGGACCGCAAACACUUUAGCGUUGGGUUCAUUGGAUAUCCAAAUGUUGGCAAGAGUUCCGUGAUAAACACUCUCAAAGGAGAAAAAAAUUGUAAAGCAGCGCCAAUUCCAGGUGAGACUCGGGUAUGGCAGUAUGUAUCUCUAACUAAAAGGAUACACCUCAUCGAUUGUCCUGGUGUGACUCCAAUUGAAGAUUCAGACGAAGGUGAUCGUUUGCUCAAGGGUGUAGUGCGUGUUGAGCGUAUUAGUGACCCUGAAAAUUAUAUAGACCGCGUUCUAGAGAUUAUUUCUAGAGAAGCUUUGGUCAAGCGUUACGGCAUCAGGGAUGAUUUCACCGGCGACAACUUUUUAGAUCUCGUUGCCGAAAAGUUCGGCAAGUUCCAAAAGGGAAGAGUGCCAGAUAUAUCUACGGCAGCACGCAUUGUGCUAUACGAUUUCCAGCGCGGACGUCUACCCUAUUACAGCGAACCUCCACCAUCGGAUGCCAAGGUAGACCCCGGGAAAGAAAUAAAGGAACAGAUUGAACAACUAGGUCAACUAGAACUAUCUACUGAGGUUUCCGGGCCAAUAGAAGAAUCAGAAGUUGCCGAUGCGGUGGAAGGCAGUGUUGAUGAAACUGAACCGGCUGACGCAGAACCAGAGAAAAAACACCACUCGCGCCUUCCAACCACACCAUCUGGCCUAGAGGGAAUAGACUACAACAGUUUCUUAUGUUAAUU